GCGCGGGCGGCGCUGUUGGCGCUGGCCACCACCGCCGGGUUCGUGGCGCUGCCCUUCGUGCUGCUGGGCGGCGUCGCCGAGGACGACCGCCUCUUCGCCUUCAUCACCAAGGUGUGCCCGGCCAUCGUGACGCUGGCGGGUCUCGCGAGCGACUACCGGCCGCUGCUGGUGUUCGGCUUCAUCAUGUCGUGGCUGGCCGUGCUGCACUUCACCAACGUGGUAUCGGCCAUCAACUACAAGUUCGCCAUGUUCCAGUACAUCAUGCGCAAGCUGGUGGACCACUUGCUGGUGUUCGCCUUCAUCCUGACGGGCUUCAGCGUGGCCUUCUUCCUGCUGUACGGCGGCGACCCGGAAGCGCGCUUCCGCACGCUGUGGGAGGCCUCGCUCAGCACCACGCUCAUGCUGCUGCAGGGCGACCUCACGGGCACGCCGCUCUUCCGGGGCUCGGCCGGGCCCGGCGACGACCCGCCCGUGCUGCCGCCCGACAUCCUGGUGGCGGGCGGGCUGAUGCAGCAGCUGUUCGUGGUGAUCGCCGUGCUGGCGCUGCUCAACAUGUGGGUGGGGCUGGCGGUGCGCGGCGGGCGCGAGCUCGAGCGACAGGGCCACAUCCACUACUCGCGAAACCAGGUGCGCACGCUGGCGGUGCUGGACCGGCUGCUGGGGUGGGCGCAGGCCGUGUUCGGGUGCGCGCCGGCCGCCGCCGCCGCCGCGCCGCUCACGGGCCCUCGCGCGCUCUCCGACGCCGAACGCGCGCCGACCUGCUUCCGCCGCCCUGCGCGCCGCCGCGCUCCGGCCACGCCGGGCGCGCCCGCCGCCCGCGCCUCCGCUCACACCCGCGCCGCCGCCACCGCGCGCCUCCUCCUCGUCGUCCUCGGCCGCCGGCCUCUCCGAGCACGGAGGACGACUCGGCGCCGGGGCCCGCGGGGCGGGAGCGUGGCGCGGCUGCGGCGCCGUGCGCAGACUCGGCCGCCAGGGUGGACCGCUGCGGGCGACGGGGCAGCACCGCCUGCUGACGCGCAAAUGCGCCAUUGGCAUGUUGAUUUAGGUCCACAACUACCUGCUUGCAGUAUAUUCGGCAAGUCACCUGACGCUUUUAAGGUGAUUAAAAAACGCCUCAAUGAAUGGCGCGGGUCUUAUUAUUGUAAGAACUCUGAUGUUUUUCGAAAAAUUGCUCACUAG